AUGGCGCGGGCGCGGAUAAGCAGUGAGGCGGAGGGGAUAGGCGGAGAUGCGGGGUUGGAGGGGAAGGAGAAAGGAGGAGUUGGGAGUGGUGGUGAUGGUGAUGGUAGGAGUAGCGUGGGGGAGCGAGCAGGGAAAGAGGGAUGGCAUGAGAUGGAAGAGGGGAGCGGGAGGGAAAGCGGAGCAGGAGAGGGGAGAGAGGGAGAUGGCGCAGCAGCAGCAGCAGCAGCAGCGUCCCCCCCGCUAUCAGCACCGCGCACGUCCCCCUCCCUUCUCCCCCUCACCAGCAGCAUCACAGCAGGCCUAGGCUUCGGAAGCGACCUCAGCAGCAGCAGUAUCAGCGGAGGGGGGGGCGUGGGCGGGGGAGGGGACCGGCGGCCGAGUCUGCUGGAGCAGCUGAGAGCAGCAGCGUUUGCGGAACCCAUAGUGGUGGCGCCGGUGCUGCAUGCGCGGGCAGGGGGAGGGGGAGGGGGAGGGGGAGGGGGAGUGGGGUCGUUCACACUCGCCACUGCGUCUGCGGAAGACCAGGCGUAUGAGCGCCGCCUGGCACAGUUCUACAUGGAGAUCUCCCAGCCGCGCAUCAACCUGGGGGAGCUGAGGCGCCUGGCCAUGUAUGGCAUUCCCAAUGAGGGCAGCCUGCGCCCCGUCGUCUGGAAGCUACUGCUGGGGCUGCUGCCGUUGGUGCGGGAUGACUGGGAGGCAGAGUUGGAGAGGAAGCGCAGGCAGUACGAUUGCUUCACUGCCGAGCUCAUUAUCAACCCGUCGCAGCACACAGUCGACCUCACAGCGGCCCAGGGCACGCCAAGCAAGCAGCAGGGGCAGCAGCAGGAGCAGGGGCAGCAGGGGCAGGCGCAAGCAGGCGGCAAUAGCACCCAAGACUCUCCCCUGCACGGCAAGACAGGGCCCGCACUGUGGGACAAACAGGACUUUGGCUUGCCUGCAGGGGAGGCACAGGAGGGGGCAGGGCGGCCGGAAAGAGAGUCGCUGGGGGGGGGAGCGGCGGGGAGAGGGGAAUUGAUGGUCCAUGGGGAAAGUGGGAGUGGUAGAGCGGGAGGGGGAGGGGGGUUGGGAGGGGAGGAGGUGUUGGAGUUGCAUGGGAGUGACGUGUCGUCGCAUGACCAUCCUCUUAAUGACAAGCCGACCUCCGUGUGGCGUCAGUACUUCCAGGACUCAGAGAUAUUCGAGCAGAUAGACCGGGACGUGCGGCGCACACACCCCGAGAUGCAGUUCUUCACGCGCAACGACGGCUCCGGCCUCACGCCCGCCCAGGAAGCGAUGCGGCGGCUGCUGCUGAUAUUCGCGAAGCUGAACCCGGGCAUCCGGUACGUGCAGGGCAUGAACGAGGUGCUAGCGCCCAUCAUCUACGUGUUUGCCAACGACCCCGACAAGGCGCACGCCGUGCACGCGGAGGCAGACGCGUUCUUCUGCUUUGUGGACCUGCUCAGUGACUUCCGCGACUUCUUCUGCCAGCAGCUCGAUAAUAGUGUGGUCGGGAUCCGGUCUGCGAUUUCACGGCUCGCGGAGAUUCUCAGGCGACAUGACGAGGAGCUGUGGCGGAACCUCGAGUAUGUCUCCAAGGUGAAUCCGCAGUUCUACGCCUUUCGCUGGAUCACUCUGCUGCUCACCCAGGAGUUUGGAUUCCCUCAGAUUCUUCGCAUCUGGGAUGCGCUCCUCGCCUGCCCUGAAGGCCCCAUGGACAUGCUGUUGCGUGUAUGCUGUGCCAUGCUCAUGUGUGUGAGGGAGAGGCUGCUUGCAGGGGACUUCACCAACAAUCUCAAGCUGCUGCAGCGAUACCCUCGCAUCGACAUUGAGAUUAUCUUGCGCACUGCUGAGCGCUUGCACACGUAG